AAAUCCGAAACAAACCGAAGAGUGUCGGAGCACGCGGCCGGAGCCUCUCAACAUAAACAGCAAUGGCGGAGGCAGCAGCGGCGUCAACGGUUGCUUCAGCUGUUACAGGAGGUUGGACCAAACACGUAACCUGCCGAUACUUCAUGCACGGGCUGUGUAAAGAAGGAGACAACUGUCGAUACUCCCACGACCUGACCAACAGCAAACCUGCAACCAUGAUCUGCAAGUUCUUCCAGAAGGGGAACUGUGCGUUUGGAGACCGCUGCAGGUUUGAACACUGUAAACCUGCAAAGCAAGAGGAGCUGCCAAUCCCCCCGACGCUGCCGCUGCCCGCCAUCCUGCUGGCCAGCUCAUCGGACCCAGAGCCCAGUGGGUCAACAUCUGGCUCUGGGGUGCAGGACUGGGUCAAUGCCGCCGAGUUUGUUCCAGGACAGCCUUACUGUGGACGAGGUAAGGCUCCAGAGCCAGGGAAGGUGGACAGCACCGGCCCACUCAUUGAGGAGUUGGACAGUGAUGUCCCACUGGACAGCAAAAACCUAAGGAAGCAGCUUUGUCCAUACGCUGCCAUGGGAGAGUGCCGCUACGGACUCAACUGUGCCUAUCUCCAUGGCGACGUGUGUGACUUGUGCGGCCUGCAGGUGCUCCACCCCUCUGACAACAGCCAGCGCUCCGAGCACACAAAGGCAUGCAUCGAAGCCCACGAGAAGGACAUGGAGAUCUCAUUUGCCAUCCAGCGCAGCAAGGACAUGAUGUGCGGCGUGUGCAUGGAGGUGGUGUUUGAGAAGGCCAACCCGAGCGAGCGGCGCUUUGGCAUCCUGUCCAACUGCAGCCACUGCUACUGUCUGAAGUGUAUCCGUAAGUGGAGGAGCGCCAAGCAGUUCGAGAGCAAAAUCAUCAAGUCUUGCCCAGAGUGUCGAAUUACAUCCAACUUUGUUAUCCCAAGUGAGUACUGGGUUGAAGAUAAAGAUGACAAACAGAAACUCAUCCAGAAAUACAAGGACGGCAUGGGGAAUAAACCGUGUCGAUAUUUUGAUGAGGGUCGUGGAACAUGUCCUUUUGGCUCAAACUGCUUCUACAAACACGCUUUUCCCGACGGGAGGCUGGAGGAAGCUCAACCCCAGCGAAGGCAGACCGGAUCCAACGGCAGGAACCGGAACUCGCGGCGGACGCCUCUGUGGGACAUCUUCGAGCGGGAAAGCACAGACUCCUUUGACAACGAGGACGAGGAGAUGGUGACGUUUGAGCUGAGCGAGAUGCUCCUCAUGCUGCUCGCCGCAGGAACCGACGACGAGGUGACGGAUUCAGAGGACGAGUGGGACUUGUUUCAUGAGGAACUGGAUGAUUUUUAUGAGAUUUACCUAUAGCAGCCUGACCCGCUAACCCCGCCCCUCCCCCUCUAUACUCGACACUAGAAUGGACUGUCUUGUGAGUGAUGGACAGUAGCUUUCCCCGCCCCCUGUAUUGUGGCAGUGCCUUUAAGCAGGCCAUACUUAAAUGAACUUAUUAAGAAUGGAAAAAAAUCCAACAAAUCAGUGCGCUUGUGCUAAACAUUUUCUACACCUCCGUCCUCGUGAGCGUAACCUCGUGUUGAAAGGAAACGAAGAACUGAGAUUUAACAGAACUAUAACUUUGCUGAAACCUUGCUAAUGAUAAAUAUCGUGGGUGUGGGCGUGACUCGUUUCUCAUCUACCCAGCUGUUUGUACAUAUUUCUGGCGCUGAGGUUGUGCUCCGACGCGCUCGGCUCCGACACCAAUACGGACACGUCAGAUUUUACACACGGUUUUUGAAGGCCGGAACUUCUUAUUUUUCUUUAUUAAAGCUGCUGAUAGCCAUUAUAUUGUUCCCGUGUUUAAUAAAUUUACCAAAAUCAC